CAGACUGCCCAGCCCGAGAGCAGUAUGUUUGAGGAAGAUGAUGGUGACGAUGAUGGUGAUGAUGACGGCGAUGCUGACAGCAACCUGGCAGAGCCCUGGAUCUUCAAGAAGUGGUUUGGCCGCUCAGCACCGGAGGACGGGGACAAAGAGCCCGCGGAUGUCCCUGAGGUGUCGCCAGCUGUAGCGGAGGUGAAGAAGAGCCGGGAGAAGAAGCCAGAGAAGAAGGAGGAGAAGGCCCGGGAGGGCCGUGCCACCCAGGCAGAGCGGAGCAGCCAGAGGGAGGCACGAGCCAAGGACAGGGCGCCGGGGGACAAGCCCAGCAGAGCUCCCAGGGUCCCUCGGGAGCCAGAGCAGCAGCAGAAGAAGCGGGGCCGGGAGGGGAAGGAGAGCCGGAGGGAGCGGGACGAGCCCAGGAAGGAGGGGUGGAAGGGCCGUCCCGGCAGGGCCGACAGCGGCAGGGAGAGCCCGAAGCGGGACUGGCGGCAGCAGAAGGGCAGGAAGCCCUGGGAGCCGGCGGCCGCCCCGGGGAAGGACGGCACCGCCAGGCCUAGGGAGGGCAAGAGGCGCGACUGAGGCUGGGGCGACCGAGGGGCUCGAUGAUGCUGAAUCCAGGGGGGUCCAACCCCACCACCACCCCCGGCAAGGACACCCUGCCACUCCCUGCCUGCUCUCCAGAGACAUCCCCGGGCCGGUGGCAUGGGCAGCGCAGGCAGCGCUCCAGGAUCUCCGAGCAGCAGCAGAGUAGCCCAGGAGCCUGGCACAAGACCCCCUGGGGACUUUGGGCCCCCCUGGAUUAGAUGCACAAAGGCAACCCGAAAGGACCAGGGGAAGGAGCUUCUCUUCAUCUGGACUUCGCACUAUUUCUCCAUCCCCACCCAAAAUCUCUCUUGCAGUUCAUUUUCACUCGUGGUCCCUGAGGCAUCGGGGCGGCGCAGUGGGCACAGGGAUCCCAGUGAACAGAGUUUGUCUCCAGACUGUGUAGCCCUUGAAUUCAGUUAAUGGUUUUAUUUAAAGCAAAUCAAGAGAGAAGUGUAUUCUGCGUUAAUGAAGCCAGGCUGCUGCCGUCCUCAGAGGGUCAUUAGGGGAAUGACCACCGCGACCUCGCCGGGCCCCGGUGUCAUCGCUGCAGGGUGGUGCGAAGCUUGCUGGUAACAAAACAGGGCUGGAGAGCCCAUCACCCGGGGGUCCCUUCGGGCCUUGCCUUCACAGAGUCGCUUUUAGGAACGAAACACAAGUGCAAUAUCACGCAGCGCUGUAGCAACUACAGGAGACGUUCACAGCCCCAACCCACGGCAGGUUUAAGUAUUUGCUAAAUCAAUAGAGGUUAAAAUAAACUAUUUUCAUUUUUAAUAAGGUAUUAAACUGAAUGUUUUAA